AUGCCACACAAGGUGAGACUAGGCAGGCAAAGCCAUGAUUUUACUGUGUCUUUGGCUCUUUCAGGGAUCAGUCUGGGUGUUGUGGUCAGAGAGUACGCAUCACUGUCACAUCUCUACAAGCAGUACUUUGGCUUCCCAGGAGAGAUCCUGAUGCGAAUGCUGAAGCUGGUCAUUCUUCCCCUGAUCAUUUCAAGCAUGAUAACAGGUGUUGCAGCCUUAGACUCCGAGGUGUCAGGAAAGAUCGGUCCGCGAGCUGUCAUUUAUUACUUCUCAACAACUAUCAUUGCAGUUGUUCUUGGAAUUAUUUUAGUGAUGACUAUCAAACCAGGCGUGUCUCAGACAGCUGAGCAUAUUGACAGAGCUGGGACUCCUCCUAAUGUCACUACAGUUGACACACUGUUGGACCUGCUCAGAAACAUGUUUCCUGAAAAUCUGGUGCAGGCUUGUUUUCAGCAGUACAAAACAAAACGCAAGGAACUGGAGCCUCAAAAGCUUUCAGUGAAUAGCAGCACAGUGCCCCCUCUCACGACCACGAUCAUGACUGUAAUGGAGAACAUCACAAAGGACUACAAAAUCGUCGGCACGUAUUCCGAUGGAAUCAAUGUGUUGGGGCUUAUUGUGUUCUGUGUUGCCUUCGGCCUGGUCAUUGGGAAGAUGGGAGAAAAGGGUCGAAUUCUCCUGGAUUUUUUUGAUGCCCUAAAUGAAGCAACAAUGAAACUGGUCCAGAUAAUUAUGUGCUACAUGCCAGUAGGGAUCCUGUUUCUUAUUGCUGCAAAGAUCAUCGAGGUAGAAGACUGGGAGAUCUUCAGGAAGAUGGGUCUCUAUAUGGUGGCGGUGCUGAGUGGUCUAGCUAUCCACGCCACCGUCUGUCUGCCCCUCAUCUUCUUUGUCAUUGUGAGGAAGAAUCCGUAUACGUUCACUCUAGGCAUGGCUCAGGCCCUGGUGACGGCGCUUAUGAUCUCCUCCAGCUCGGCUACCCUGCUUGUCACCUUUCGAUGUGCUGAGGAAAACAAUUGCAUCGACAAGAGGAUCACCCGCUUUGUGCUCCCAGUCGGUGCAACCAUUAACAUGGACGGCACAGCGCUGUACGAGGCAGUGGCUGCUAUCUUCAUCACCCAGCUGAAUGAUUAUGCUCUAGAUGUAGGUCAGAUUGUUACCAUCAGGUACGUCCCUGUUACUGCUGCGAGUAUAACUUUAAAGACAACUUUAUAGUUUUAACAUUAGGAUUCUUUAGGAAAACUGCCAGUUAACCUGCGUCUCAAAAGGA